ACAGAAACAUAUAAAUACAGACGGUUGGUCACAAAUCGUUCCUCCCCUGAAUCUCUCCUAAGAAAUCAAGAAAACAAAAUCUGUCCCCCUGUGAAUCCAGGGGAGAAAGAUUUUGAUUUUCAUUGAUUUCUAGUAAUCUUUCUGAUAUUUUGAUUCUUAUUUUUUUGGUAGUAUGGAAACAAAACCUGAGAAAGAUGACCAAUUAGAGAUAGAGCAAAUAAACAAGAGUCCGACCAUGAAGACGAAAAAGAUAUCACGUGGGAUGCACGUGUUCUCCGUCGUCAUGUUCAUGCUACGUCGUCGCCGGAGGAGAAAGGCUUUCAACACCAGGUUUUGGCGGCGUGUGGUUGAGUCCGUACGUAAAGUCCAUUCCGAAAUUAAGAUAAUGCCUACGUCUAACUCUACUAACACAAUCCUCCUUCCUCCUGUCCCGGAAACUAACCAAGACGGUGGCGAUAAUGCUGUUGAUAAUGUUGUUGAUGAUGAUGUUGUUGAUGGUGAAUCCGGGGAUCGUUUAACGGAGGCUAUUGAGGUUUUCACGGCGGCAUCUUCAUCAUCAUCCUCGGGAAUCUCGGGAUAUGCAUCUGCCAUGUCUCUACGUGAUUUGGAUCAUCACUAUGAUGACGAUGAGGAUGAUGAUGAUGAUGAUGUUGAUUGUUAUAGCGAUGUUGAAGAAGGAGAUGAAAUGAUAGAUGAGAAAGCUGAGGAAUUCAUCGAGAGAUUUUAUGAGCAAAUGAAAAUGCAAAAUCAGGUUUACACUGAACGUUGCAAAGCCAAAGGGAUAAUAAUUAACUGAUGAUCAUCUAUCGUUUACGUCGCUAUCAUGCAUGCAUGGAGAUGAGAUUAUGGAAAUGUCUGGUUAUUUGAUUAAUUUGUUCAGACGAAGGAGAAUGAUCUUCAGGUUUUCUUGGUCGAUUCUAUUUUUUUUGAUAUUGUAACUUUUUAUUCUUUAAUGAAAAUAGGAAAAACGAAAUAUAUGUAUGUGUGUAUGUCUUCUUCAAUACUCUAUAUUAAUUAAUUUGAUUUUGUGUG